AUUAUUUCUUCCCCUGUCAGUAGUUAACACUUUUUUUACAAAUACUCAUUCAACGCGACCAAAUUUGUUUGCUCUUCUUUUUCCCAGGCUGUUUUCCAUUGGCUAGUCAAAAACAGCAACACGGAAGUCUCCUCGAACCUGCAACCAAAUCCGCGCGCGCGCACGCACGCACGCACGCACGCACGACCACCGUGGGCCUCUUUAAAGCAGCGGAGGAGCUCAGGCUGUACACCGACGAGCCUCCAUGUGUUCUCCAUCGUGACAUCUUUCAAGCAAGAAGAAGAGGAGGAAGAGGGGCAUGCAUGCACAUCCCCAGCACACAGCGGGAGGCUUUUGACGCCAAGCGCCGCGUCCUAGGUGGCCUUUUGGAUCAUCCGGCCCGAACAAGAUCAAGGAGAAGCAGCGCUCGUAUGGCCGACUCGUCGCCCACUUCCCGCCCGCCGCAUCUCGAGUGAUGGUCGGCUUGUCUGGACCGACGCCCCCCGCGCUGCCUCUGGAUCCCCGCGUGAGAGGCCGAAUAAGAGGAGAGAGAGGAUUUCCAGCUUUUUCCCGUUCUGCUCGUUGUGGGGGUCUUUUUUUUCUCCGCUGGCUGGUCCUCAUCCAAACGCAACCAUAAGGCUCUUGGCGUCCUCCUCGUCCUCGUCCCUCAUUCCCGUCCUCCUCGUUUUCUGCCUGGCUGAGGUCCCGCACGCCGUCAAAUAUUUACUUCCUGUACAUCAAGCGGAAAGGGGGUCCCCCUUUCAUGGAAUGCGGAAACAUGGGCCUGUUCGACCGCGGAGUGCAGAUGCUGCUGACCACGGUGGGCGCCUUCGCGGCCUUCAGCCUCAUGACCAUCGCGGUGGGCACGGACUACUGGCUCUACUCGCGAGGGGUCUGCAGGAGCAAAAGCGGCAACGACAACGAGACCAGCAAGAAGAACGAGGAGGUCAUGACGCACUCGGGGCUCUGGAGGACCUGCUGCCUAGAAGGAAACUUCAAGGGCAUGUGCAAACAGAUCGAUCACUUCCCCGAGGACACGGAUUACGAAGCUGACCCGUCCGAGUACUUCCUGCGUGCGGUCCGAGCGUCCAGCAUCUUCCCCAUCCUCAGCGUCAUCCUGCUCUUCAUGGGAGGUCUGUGCAUUGCUGCCAGUGAGUUCUACAAGUCUAGACACAACAUCAUCCUCAGCGCAGGGAUCUUCUUUGUGUCGGCAGGCCUGAGCAACAUCAUCGGAAUCAUCGUGUACAUAUCAGCCAACGCAGGCGACCCGUCCAAGAGUGACUCCAAGAAGAACUCGUACUCAUACGGCUGGUCCUUCUACUUCGGGGCCUUGUCCUUCAUCAUGGCCGAGAUGGUCGGCGUCCUGGCCGUGCACAUGUUCAUCGACCGCCACAGGCAGCUUCGGAUCGGGACCCGCGCCACCGACUACCUCCAGGGCUCGGCGGUGUCCCGGGUUCCGAGCUACCGCUACCGCUACCGGCGCCGCUCGCGUUCCUCAUCGCGCUCCACGGACCCGGCGCACUCGCGCGACACCUCCCCGCUUGGCCUAAAGGGCUUCGGGGCGCUGCCCUCCACCGAGAUCUCCAUGUAUACUCUGCCCCGUGACACCCUCAAGUCUGGAUCGGGGGCACCAAACGCCAAUGCCGCCUACAACUCAGAGCGGGACCACAACUUCCUGCAGGUGCACAACUGCAUCCAGAAGGAUGCCAAAGACUCGACGCUUGGAAACGCGGCCGCUAACCGGCGCACCACCCCCGUAUGAGGAGGCGUCGCCGCCGUCCGCCCCCCCGCCCGCUGCCGUGUUUAUAGGACACGUGUUGUUUUCUGCAUGACUCUUCCGGAAGCUUCCAGAAGUUCAGAAGAGGUCAGAGCCAUCCAGACGAACGCCUCCUUUAUUUUUGGACUCAGUGUUUUGCAUUCAAACUGUGAAUUGUUACAGCCAGCCCUGUAACUUCUACAAAGCUACUAUAAGUAUUAAAAAAAAAAUAUAUAUAUAGUAUAUACAGUAUAUAUAGACACAUAUUACUUUUAUAAAGAUUCAUAAUAAGAAUAAUCACAAGCUACUGACUACUGAAGCAAAAAAAUACUUUGACUCAAGAAGCUGCUGCUGGUGACUCUUUUAGAAUCCUAGAAUAAUAAACUAUUAUGAUUUUUUUUAAUAGAACACAAAAAAACAACCCAAAAAAAAAGCCGAAAAUGUGAACACGUACCAGAGUCCGAAAUGAAAUGCAUGCUUUUAAAACUGCAGCAAAGUUAAAAUUUCAAUUACCGUAUCCUAAAAUGGGGAAAAAAAGAAAUUCAUGAUUUUCAUGUGUAUUUUAUAUGUAUCUUUUGAUUUAUUUUUUUGGUUUUUGUCUUGUUGAGCCAAACUAAACAAAAACUGUUUUUUUUUUAAACAUUAGUCUGAUGACUAUAUACAAAUAUACACAGUUAUGUAAUGUAAUUUCUUUUGGAAAAAAAGUCACGCCGCCUUAGCCAUCGUUUAAAUUUUUAAAGUUCAAAUGGAAACUCUUUAAAAAGGUGCCAAAAGCGAAUGGCUUGGAUGCAUCAAGUCCUGAUGAAAUAAACUAAUCCCAGGGGGAAACCAAUCAA